UCUACUCAGGAUUUUUUCUUAAGUAAAAGGUAACUUAAUUGAAAAAUUAUUGGGAAUGCAUUCAUUUUAGCUACAUGUUUAGAUUUUCUCCUGUGUGGGAUGUGUGAUCAGCCCAGUGUUCAGAUCACCUUGACUAGUCUAUAUUCCCUCUUUUGAGAAAAUCACCACUCUGCAAGCCAUGACAAUCAUUCACCAUGUGUGUGAUCAGGAGCAUCUCAGUACUUGGAACAUGCUGUGAGCUUCAGCACCAAUGCAUUGAAUUCUGGUACCCAACACCUGACUUCCAGCAUUUGAAGACUGAAUGUCGAAGAGAAAACCUGAAUGGUCUGGAGGAAUAAAUGAAAACAGAUCUCUGCACUUUUCAAAAAGAGGUCUUGAUUUACAAAUCUGGCAGAAAUUAUGUUUACAGAAGGAAUCCAGACAGUAUUGUUUUAUAUCUUGGGUACCAUACUAAUAAAGUGUCCCUUAUAAAUAUGAAAAACAUGACAUUCAGCUAUUAGAGAGGAAAGGAAAAUACUCUUGAGGAGACCUUUGUCAGGGGCAUCAAUUACAUGCCCAGAUGUUUCUUUUUAGGCCUCUCACUCUUCAGUAUUGAUUCAUGCAGCUUUGCAGAAGAUUAGUUCAGAAAAGAGGUGUGAAAAAAAGAGAAUAAUGAAUGAUUUAGUCGUCUGCAAAAUGAAAAUGUAAAACACCUAAAUUCCCACCACUUACAGUACCACUUGUAUUGCCAUACACCAGAGUCAUGUCUAGAUGAUUAUGUUAACAUUUUGCUUUAACAGUGAAGUCAUUGAUGUGAUGUGAUGGAAAAUCUAGUUUAGAAGAAUACCUCAUUUACUGCGUAAGCUGAAGUUUUCAACAAGUUAAUAUUUCUUCAGUGUUGGACUCUAGUAUGAAAAGUUCUAUUUCAGCAGAAAAGUAUCUUUCUUCAUCAUCCCAGAAAGAUUACGCUGGAAAGUGAAAAGUGAAAUCAGAGCAGAGGAUGACUCAGUAUAACCGUUCAGCAGAGCUCUCUCUCCAGAGCUCAGCAAAUAAGUCAUUAAAUUUCACUGAAACACCACUGACUUUGGAUGAAAGGACACUAUUAGGGCUGAAGAUUUCACUGUCAGUCCUUCUGUCUGUUAUAACUUUGGCAACGAUCCUUGCAAAUGUUUUUGUUGUUAUUACAAUUUUUCUGACUAGAAAGCUCCACACACCUGCAAAUUAUCUCAUUGGCUCCUUGGCAGUGACUGAUCUUUUAGUGUCUGUCCUAGUAAUGCCCAUCAGUAUUGCUUACACUGUCACCCACACAUGGGCCUUUGGCCAAGUGCUGUGUGAUAUCUGGUUAUCAUCAGACAUCACGUGCUGCACAGCAUCAAUCCUACACCUCUGUGUUAUUGCACUGGACAGAUACUGGGCUAUCACAGAUGCUUUGGAAUAUGCCAAACGCCGGACUGCUGGCCGAGCAGUACUCAUGAUUGCUGUGGUCUGGAUGAUAUCUGUUAGUAUUUCUGUGCCACCAUUUUUCUGGAGGCAAGUGAAAGCUCAUGAAGAAAUUGCAAAGUGUACUGUGAACACAGAUCAAAUUUCCUACACUAUUUAUUCCACUUGUGGAGCUUUCUACAUCCCAACUGUGCUCCUCCUGAUAUUGUAUGGUAGAAUUUAUGUAGCAGCUCGAUCGAGGAUUCUGAAGCCAUCCUCAUUAUAUGGGAAACGUUUUACUACUGCACAUCUGAUUACUGGCUCUGCUGGGUCUUCCCUCUGCUCCAUUAAUGCUAGCCUUCAUGAAGGGCAUUCCCAUUCAGGUGGAUCCCCAGUAUUUAUCAAUCAUGUUAAAAUAAAACUUGCAGAUAGUGUCCUGGAAAGGAAAAGAAUUUCUGCUGCAAGAGAAAGGAAAGCCACCAAAACUUUAGGCAUUAUUCUGGGAGCUUUCAUUUUCUGCUGGCUGCCUUUUUUUGUCAUGUCCCUAGUCCUACCAAUCUGCCAAGAUGCUUGUUGGUUUCAUCCCAUCCUACUGGACUUUUUUACAUGGUUAGGUUACUUAAACUCAUUGAUCAAUCCAGUCAUUUAUACAGCUUUUAAUGAAGAAUUUAAACAGGCUUUCCAAAAUCUGAUAUAUUUCAAAAAGUGUUUGUCUUGAGCCUCUCCUGUUGUGUUACUGACCCUUGUGCAAUCUUGCAGCCUACCUGGAAACUUUCUGUGUUUUUAUUCCUGAGGUACAGAGUGGUAAUUGCCAGCUCUGCUCCUACCCUGUGCUGUGCAUGUAACUGGGAACUUCUUGCCAAUUUGGUAUUUUCUGUCUGGAAUUCUGUAUCCCAUAACAGAACUUGUCUGUGGUCUCUGCAGUGAUUGCUUGUGUAUGUAAGAUCAACACAUGAAGUAAGCUUUGUAACAAGUGAAGGAGUAGGAACCAGAGAGGAGUUUGUAUGAUGACACAACACAUAUUAUGCAGCUCUACCAUGUCUUUGUAAUCUGAUGGGAGGAAACUGUGUGCAUAUUUACAGGACAUCAGUAUUCUGCUGUAUAUUAUUAACAAUUUAUGUAGGCUGAGGAAGUUUCUGGAGAACAGAAUUUGAUGUCUGCAUUCUGUUUGGCAUGUAUUCUAUCUUCUUGAAACUGAUAAAACCUCUAACUUUUUCAGAAGUUGUGUGACACAGCCUGACCAUUAGCAGCAGGGCAUAGAAGGCAUAGUGCGUAUGUGAGUUCUGUGGGUAUUUCACGAAUGCUGCAUUUGAAACUAUGCUUUUGGUGAACUGUAGAAAGAAAACAAUUUAUCUGAAAUAAUUUUUGCACAUUUUAUCAUUGAUAGGAUAGCCAGUGCAGAAAUACCGCAAAAUAAAUAGCAUGAAAAUUAUUGAAGAAUA